UGCUGGGAAGGCGGAGCCAAGAGGCCCAGGUAAACCUGGAGCGCGCGUGCGAGCGAGUGCGCGCUCUCCCUGCGGCCCCACCCUUGAAACUGGCUACCUGCGGCGGAAGGGGCGCCCCACAAGGAAGUUGCUGAGCGGGAGAGGAGGAGGAGGGGAAGCGAGUCGCCCAGCGCCCGGGAGAAAAGCCCCAGCUCUCAGGAGAGAAGGAGUCGCUCUCGAGACUGCAAGGGGGAAAGAAGAACACGACGCCUUCUCUUUUCCAAGAAAGUUGCUCGCUGCUUUCGACUCGCCGACGAGGAUUGCUCCGGCCAUGGCUUCUGGCUAAAGCCCCCCCCCCCCCGCCGCGAUUCUUCUUUUCUGUUUCCCUGAUCUAGCCAGGAAUUGCUUUGGACACCUCCAAAGUGCGGAUUCUCUGGAAACUUUUCCUGCUUUGCUUUCCUCUCGCUCUCUUCUCCCUCUCCGUCCCCCCCCUCCAUCGCACUUCAUCGUAAACUUUCUGUAAAAAGGAGAGAAUAAAGCGGGGGGAGUGGAAAUCUAAAUAUGAAGGAUUACCGGCUUCCCAGCGAAGGAAAAAUGAACAUUUAUCACCCACCUUCCGGGGCUACAUCGAAGGCGUAUGUUUCAGGCCUAAAGUACAGCAAUAAAUUGGAGGAUAUGAACGGCCUGGAAGAAGGGUUGGAGUUCCUCCCCACCAUGAACGCCAAGAAGGUGGAGAAGAGGGGUCCCAAGCGCUGCAUAGCGGCGAUAGCCAUCGUCCUGGUCUGCCUCCUCCUCUCCCUGCUUGCUGGGUUCCUGGUUUGGCACUUUAGAUACAGGAAUGCCCCUGUGCAGAAAGUCUACAAUGGCCACCUGAGACUCGUGGGGCGCAACUUCAUCGAUGCUUACGAGAAUUCCAACUCCCCUGAAUUUGCUGACUUGGCCAGGGAGGUGAAGAAAAUGCUUAUAAACAUCUAUAAAAAUAAUCAGGAUGUCAGUCCUUUUCACAAGGAAACUCAGAUCGUCGCGUUCAGCGAGGGCAGCAUUAUAGCCUACUACUGGUCAGAGUUCAGUGUCCCUAAACACAAUGUGGAGGCGCUUGACAGGGCCAUGGCCAACAUCCAGGCUUCAAAUGAGGCGGGGAUGAAACAGAGGGGGAGCUAUGAAAUGCGAGUUGAGACGGUCGUCGCUUUCCCUUCCGAUCCAGAUAUCAUUAAGGCAAAACGGGACAACAGCUGCAGCUAUGCCUUGCACGCGAAAGAGGGCGUGGUCACCAGCUUCACCACGCCCGGGUUCCCAAACAGCGCCUACCCGUCCAACGCGCGAUGCCUCUGGGUCCUGAGAGCUGACGCCGAUUCCGUCAUCAGCCUGACCUUCACGACGUUCGACUUGGAGCCCUGCAACGUGGGGAACGACUUUGUCAAGGUGUACGACACGCUGAGCCCCGUCGAAGCCCACGCGCUGGUGAAGCUGUGUGGCAGCUAUGGACCAUCCUACAACCUGACCUUUGUCUCCUCUACAAAUGUUCUCCUGGUCAUGCUGAUCACAGAUGCCACGGAGCGGUAUCCCGGGUUCAAGGCAGAGUUCUUCCAGAUGCCAAAGAAGAAAAAUUGUGGCGCAGAUUUGACGGCAAUAUCCGGAACCUUCUCCUCUCCUUAUUACCCAGCCCACUAUCCUCCUGGUAUGGAUUGUGUCUGGAAUAUAGUGGUCCCCACGGAUAAGAGAGCGAAGGUGCGCUUCAACAACUUCUUCCUUGCCGAGCCUGGCAUCCCACUCAAUUCCUGCCCCAAAGACUAUGUGGAAGUCAACAACGUCAAGUACUGCGGCGAGAAGAAGCAAUUUGUAAUAUUGAGCAAAACCAACAAGAUUUCCGUCCGUUUCCAUUCGGAUCUUUCAUUGGUAGACAGCGGCUUUUCGGCAGAGUUCAUGUCCUACCAAACCAACGACCCCUGUCCAGGCAAAUUCGCCUGCAACACCGGCCGCUGCAUCGCCAAGACCCUGCGCUGCGAUGGCUACAACGAUUGCACGGAUGCCAGCGAUGAGAAAAACUGCACUUGCACCGAGAAGCAGUUCAGAUGCCGGAACGGUUAUUGCAAGCCGAAAUUGUGGUUCUGCGACGGCAUGGACGACUGCGGGGACGGCAGCGAUGAGGCCGAGUGCAAAUGUCCGGCAAAUAACAUCCGGUGCAGCAACGGCAAUUGCAUCCCAGAGAGCAAGAAAUGCGACGGCAAGGAUGACUGUGGCGACGGCAGCGACGAGGGGAGCUGUGGCCGUGUGGACACCGUCUCCUGCAAAACGUACACCUACAAGUGCCGCAACAACCAGUGCUUGAGCAAGAAGAACCCGGAAUGCGAUGGGAAUAAGGACUGCAGUGAUAACUCGGACGAGGACAAUUGCAACUGUGGCAAGCGCUUCUACAGCAAGCAGUCCCGGAUUGUCGGUGGGGAGGACUCCGACGAGGGCGAGUGGCCGUGGCAGGUCAGCUUCCACACCAAGGACACCGGUCACUUCUGCGGGGCCACCUUAAUAUCUCAGAAUUGGGUGGUGUCUGCAGCGCAUUGCUUCCAGGAUGACUGGAGGAGGCAUUUGGACCACAGGACGAUAACAGCCUACAUGGGGCUUCUCGACCAGGGGGACAGGAGCAACAGCAACGUUCAGCAGCGGGGCCUGAAGAGGGUCAUCCGCCACCCGUAUUUCAAUGAUGCCAGCUACGACAACGACAUUGCUGUGGCAGAGCUGUCCAGCCCGGUCGAGUUCAACAAAUACAUCCAGCCUAUCUGCCUGCCUGAUGUCACCCAUGACUUCCCCGUUGGCAAAUCCCUCUGGGUGACGGGAUGGGGAGCCACUCAAGAAUCAGGGAACGGUGCCAGCAUCUUGCAGAAGCUCGAAAUCCGUGUGAUCAACCAGACCGUGUGCAGGUCCCUGAUGGUGCCCAAUGACGUGACGGACCGCAUGAUGUGUGUCGGGGUCCUCACAGGCGGGAAAGAUGCCUGUCAGGGAGACUCCGGUGGGCCGCUGGUCAGCUUGGAGGCCAACAACACAUUGUUCCUGGCUGGCGUGGUCAGCUGGGGGGAAGGCUGUGCCAAGAGGAACAAGCCGGGAAUGUACACUCGUGUUUCGGCACUGCGGGCCUGGAUCAAAGAGCAAACCGGCGUGUAGGCGGCUGCAGCGACUGGGACGGUUCAUACGACUCUCCCUUCUUCUAUCUCUGGGUCUAUCAAGCUUGCAGCUGAAGACAUUCCCCUGUGAUAGGAAGGGGGUUCUGCAAAUCUUGUUCGCUCCUCUAAUUCCUUCUCGGGUUUUUCUCCUCCAAAAAUGAAACCAGCGACACUCCUGGAUUCAUUGUAUGCGGCCGAUUAGAUGGGCAGUUGCCCCUUUGAGAGCGCCCCUCUGCUGCUCAUGUUCUCUGUCUCCAGAGACUUUCUGAAAUAAGUUCAAUGUGAACCUGCUUUAAAUCUGCAAGGGAGCUGGUACCUCCUGUGCAGGCCGCCUGAGGCAGGGGCCCGGUAGGUGCGGUACCCCUAAAUGACCACUAGUUGGCAGCAUGAGGGCCAAGUAGCCUUAAGUGAACACCAAGUGGCCACUUUUGUGUGUGUGUGUGUGUGUGAGAGAGAGAGAGGGGGGGGGAUGAUAUGAUGCAUUGUUCUGUGUUUUUAGGACUCAUCUGGUCUGCUGUAGCAUGUGUGACGUCUUCUAUUUUCUCUUCUCCCCCUCCCUUCCAACCCCCCCCCCCCAGGAUUCCCCAUAUGAAUAGGAUAGUUCCCAGAACGUUGUUUGUUUUUCAAAGCAGCUCAUAGAUCGGAGAGGUUGCCUGUCUUCUGUGUUCUUUUCCCAGACUGCAAACACACAGAGAUAUUAAUAUUGAUGGGAAUGCCUUGGCUAAUAGGAUCAAAUCUGCUAUUGCAUCUUGGUAUUGUGUCACUUCCCCCGAAAAGGUGUGCUAGAUAUUACGGCAUUAAAUGCAGAGUUAACUGCAAAGUUCUGCAGUUAUAAAGGUAACUGGGUUAUAAACGGGUGCUCUUGCCUCCAUCCAGCCCUUUCCCAUCUGCCAAGUUUUAAUUUCCUUGUUGCAGCAGGUUUUCUAUCCAGGCAGGCUGCCUUCAGCCCCUGAAGCUCCAUCGCAGGUCCCAUAAAAUGUGUUUAGGGGGUUAGGGUUAGGGUAUCCAGCAUCUGCCCCAUUAAACUUUGCCUACCUGGGGCACACCUUAGACUUCAUUCCCCGCCUCCCUCCUUGAGCUCAUUGUGACUCUUUCCUCACCUGGGAUAAUGGCUCUGGCUGCAGAUGUCUCUGCCCAUGGGCUAGUUAAAAGGUGUAUAUCCUCGGGUCAGUACUAUAUUUCCCCAACAUCCUGCAAUACUGUUGCUUCUCCUUGCAAGUUUAUGUAACUUGACUUCUACCUUGUCUAAACCUGCACUGAUGACUUUGAUGCGGAAAGCCUAAAACAAAAGAUGAGGCUCUUGGGCUCCUACAGAAGACCUGUUGGAACACCUGUGGCCUGUGCACAUCUAAGUGGCUUCAGGAUUUCACUUUCUUGGGCAGCGAUAGCUCCGAAAAUAUCAUAAGGGGAAUCCUCUCUUGCAAAGCAGUUGCUUUUGCAAAGGUUAAAGACAUCUCAGUUCCAACUGAGGGUACAGGUGUUGAGAGCGAAUACAAAGGAGUCUCAGACCUCAAUAUUGCAGAUAUUGGCUUUUUUAAGAACUGAAAGGCAUUGUAGCUAAGUCUGUGUCUCAGAAUCCUGUAUCAACUUUCAGGUGUCCCGAUCCUGCACUUCUGGAUCCCAAGAAUGGCCUUCUGGGACUUGUAGUCUCCCUCCACUGGGUUAUUCUCAAGGAUCCAGCUGGUGUAAUACACUCAGAUACUAUAGUUUUGUGGGGAAGCUGUGGCCUUCCAGAUGUUGUUGAAGGACUCCAACUCAGCUCCAGCAGGGCCAGUGGUCAGGGAUGAUGGGAGUUGAUCCAUCAGCACCCCAGAGAGACAUACCUUCUCCACAUCUGCCUUAGGAGAACAUUCUGGGUCUGGGUUUUGUGAAGGGGGGAGGGUACUGGCUUCACUUUUCAGUUCACCCCCCCUCCUCUGUUUUCCUUUUAAAAUAGGGUAGAUGUCGGUAGAGCCAUGGUGUGUGCAAAAGUGAGAGAGAGAACCCAUUUGUAUGUGUGCAUGAAUGAGAUUUUUCUGGCCCGUUACGGGUCAGAUUGGCAUUGCCAAUAUGUGCCUUAAUUGUAUAUCCUUGUUUAAUGUAUGGAUCUCAGCAUGUGAUGCUGAAGUUUUGUUUCUGUUUUCGGUGUCAGUGGUGGGUGACUAUAGGGGGUCCCUUUUUCUGUCUGGGGGUGCUGUAUAGGAAUGCAGAGGACACCUUUUAACACGGUGGAACCCCUGAUUGUGUAGCAGCAGUACAGAACAAAGGAUGCUGGUGAGCAUACUGGGGGAGCAGGCCAUGUGCCCUGCACAUUUAAAGCAGCGUAUUUCCACUUUGAACAUUCAUGGCUGCCCGCAAAGAAUCCUGGGAGCUGUAGUUUGUUAAGGGGGCAGCAAGGUGUUUGGAGACCCCUUGUUCUCCCUUCAGAGCUACAUCCCUCUGGGAAUUCCAGCUCUGUGAGGGGAUAACAGCUCCACCCCCUGAACAAAUGGCCGUUCCCAAUUUUUAUGGGCAAGAAGCCAUGACUGUUUAAAGUGGUACAUAGUUCCUUGAAUGUAUGGGGCAGGUGGGGCAUUGGGUAAUAAGCACACCAAAGUAGAGAUGGAUACGGGGAGGGGAAUAUGGAGGACGCUAUAGGGAGAGACCCUCUUUCUCUAGACUCCCUAGGCAGAGUUCCUGUUUUUUGUGCCUAAUUGUGUUUUUGUUUUUAUAACGAUAAAAUGUUUUCUUUAUGAACCUCUGAUACACUUGCUCCAGAUAUCUGCUAUUUCCCUCGUUGUUGGUCUAGUUUAUAGAUGUGAAAAAAAAUAAGCAGGGAACAAAAAAGAAGUAGUUUUCUAAAACAGGAAAAGUGUCUAUUGGCAUUUUCAAAAGGGUAUUUAAUAAUCUAGGAAAUGCGCCGGUGAUUUCCAUUUUUGCAAAAUGAAGCCACAAGAAGGGACAGAUAAGGGGACCCCCCCCAAUAAUUUAUCUUUUUUAUUUUUUUUAAAGAAAAUGUUGCAAAAUUAUUUUUAAAUGAGUUGACUUUCAACUUUCUGUUGUUUAUGUAUAUAUUGUACCUUUUAAAAAGAAAAUAACACUGUAAAUACAUCUAAAUGGAAACCCAUUUUUGCUGUUGAAGGUCUGAACUGAGAUUGUUAUGUCUGGUGAUUUUUAAUCUGCAUUAAAACCGAUUCUUUUGUACAGAA